CUUUCCUGAUCUGGAUCCGUGCUCGGCGGCGCGGCCCUUUAACGGCGGCUGCGGGGUCCCGGGAUGGCGUCAAGCGCCUCCCGUGGGCCGCGCUGCCGGGAGCGGAGCCGCGGCGGCCGAUCGGGACGAGGAGCGGCAUGCCCAGGGCGUUACCGGAGCCGCAGCAGGCCACGGGAGGGACACGAAUAUCCGGAUGGUUUGGAGCGCGCAGAGGAUGGAGUAGAAGCUGCCAAAUCCCAGCAAAAAACUGUCCUUAACCAAAAAACGAAAAGUAGCCCCAGAGACCUCCGUGGUACAGACCCUGCGGAGGGUGAGGGACACGGGGAGCCCUCGGGGACCUCCGAGAAUGGGUCCGCGUCACCCGCAAAGAGAAAACGUGGACGGAAGCCCAAGGCAGAGAUGCUGCUGCUGAAACUGUCUCAGGACCUGGAGUGUCCGAGCCCAAAGCCCGUCUGUGUGCAGAAGAUGCUGGGAAGCAGCGAGGCAGCAGGAGGCCUGGAGAACCCCACCGGUGGGCGCCCCAAAAGGCGGGCAGCCAAAGUGGCUUUGCUGUACCUGCAGGACCUGAGAGAGGAUCUGACAUCUGUGUAUCAGCCCCCACCUCCCACCGAGAGUGCCCAGGAGCCAGAGGCAGAACUUGAGCCGGUCCAGAAGAAGCGUCGGAAACGGAGGAAGAAGGAGGAAGAGACAGACAGUGAUGAUGUCACGCAAGAUGCUGACUUUGUGCCCUCAAAGGAGGUGUUGCUGGAGGCAGAGGAGGAGGGGAGCGACGGGCCCCUCAGUGAAGUGUCGGAGCCAGAGCUGGAGACACCCCAAGGACACAGUGGAAAGGCAUCAUCGAAAUCCAAGUCCACAUGCCGAGGUCUUGCUCCCAAUGGCUUCCACAACUCCAUCAUGGCCCCAGUGGAGAAGUGUUCCAGCCUCACCUGCAACCUGCGGGAUCAGCAGCACUCGCAGUGGGAGUUUCCUGACUGGAUCCCUUUGGCACACAAGUGGAUGUGUCUUUCAGAAAGUGAAGCUGCCCCAUACAUGCCCACCGAGGAGAAGUCUCCCCUCUUUUCCAUCCAGCGGGAGGGCAUCGAUGAUGAUGGAGUCUUGUACAGGUUGAACAGGUUCAGCUCCCUCCAGCCCCACGAGGAGCGCCGGGACAUGUCCUUCUUUGCAGGCGGCCCUGUCUGGGCGAUGGAGUGGUGCCCGUCCCCGGAGGGCUCAGCAGCCCCACAGUAUGUGGCUCUGUACUGCCACAGGAGCAUGGAGGAGACACACAGCAUGGAUGGGAUCCACAACGGCCCUGCACUCCUGCAGCUCUGGGGCCUGGGUAUGCUGCAGCAUGAGCAGGGCUCUGCUGACAAAGCCAGCCUGGCUUACGCCAUCGCUGCUGACCAUGGCUGUGUCUGGGACAUGAAGUUCUGCCCCAGUGGUGCCUGGGAGCCACCUACCACUUCCAGGAAGCUCCCACAGAUGAGCCGGCUGGGCCUGCUGGCCGUGGCCUUCUCCAAUGGCAAGGUGGUGCUGUACCCCCUCCCACACCCCGAGGCCCUGCAACAAUCCGGGACAACCCAGGUAAAAGAUGGGUCCUUCCACAAGCACGUUGUCUUCAAGGUACAAGGUAUUGCUACGCUCCAGGUGGGCUCUAUCCAGGCCGGGAAUGCCUCUGAGUGUGGCCAGUGCUUCAGUCUUUCCUGGAUGCCAUCUAAGCCACAUCAUCACCUGGCAGCAGGUUUUUAUGAUGGGACUGUGGCCAUCUGGAACUUGCUCACCAAGUCCCUGCUGCAGUGUGUGCACCAGCCUGAUGGCUCCCUCAAGCUCUACCCUUUCCAGUGCUUUCUAGCCCAUGACCACGCUGUCCGGAGCAUCGAGUGGUGCAAAGCUAACAGCAACUUCCUGGUCACGGCAGGGAGUGACCGUAAGAUCAAGUUCUGGGAUCUGCGGCGGCUCUAUGAGCCCAUCAACAGCAUCAAGAGGUUCCUCAGCACGGAGGUGGCCUGGCUGCCGCCCUACAACGGUGUCACUGUGGCCCAGGACAACUGCUAUGCCUCUCGUGGUCUCUGUGGGAUCCACUACAUCGACGCUGGGUACUUGGGCUUCAAGGCUUACUUUGCGGCCCCUCGCAAGGGGACCGUGUGGAGCAUUUCUGGGUCGGACUGGCUGAACACAGUAGCUGCAGGAGACAUCACUGGCGAGCUGGUAGCUGCGGUGCUGCCUGAUCUGUCCCUCUGCCCCCUCAACGUCAGGCGCACUUCGGACCGCAGAUUUCCAGUCUACAAGGCCGACCUGCUGCCCUGCAGUCCCCUGGGGUCAGAGGACGGUGAGAAGGUGCUGCCAAAGACCAGACUGUACAGUGAGAUGGUGACCAAGAGCUACAUCCGAUUCCAGGACACAGACCUGCGCAGCUUCAACAACUUCGCCGUCCGGGAGCCCAUGCGCAGGAUGCACACGCAGGAGACGAAGGCCGAGCUGAGCCUCGACCGCCUGCAGCUGGAGUCGCUGCACAAAGUGCGCUUCAGCCCCAACCUGGAUUCGCUUGGCUGGCUGGUGUCAGGCGGGCAGGCAGGCAUCGUGCGGGCACACUGCCUGGCAGGGCUGGCCUCCAGCGUGGCACACCAGCUGCUCCCAGAGUGCCCCCGUUCCCUCUACGGGGAUAAGCCUGGCAGCAGCAGCCCUUGCGAGAACUCCGUGAUGCCAGUGGAGUAGGGAAGUGGGUCCCUUGUGCCGCUGCCUCACAUGCUUGCCCCAGGCAGGAGCUUGGGUCCAGGGCAGGUGGUGCUGUCCAGGGGAGCUGUGCACUCCUUGGUGCUUUUGACCCUCUGGGCCCCCUGCUCAGGGGAGGAACAGCUCCUGGCUGUCACUGGGGAUGCUGAGGACAUUGUCCUUGUGCUCUGGGCCCAGAUGGAUCCUUUUGUGCUGUUUGCUCUGAGCUAGUGCUGGGGGGUGAUGGGACCCUGGUGUGUCCCUAGGUCAAGCUGUGGGUCUGGGGGCCUGAUGCUGGGGAUGCACCCACAGGCCCCCACCUCUGUGGGGCUGUGCUUGCUCUCACUCCCUGUUCCUGUGUGGGUGCAGGGAGGAGUCUGGGGGUCCAGCCUUGCCCUGAGCAAGGCAGUGAGGCCUGCAGGGUGUUUGGACCUCUGAAGUCGCUCACAUUGAGCCUGUGUUCAGCUGUGCAGUAAAGCGUGGUUGGUUUUGUAA